AAUUGAUAAACAUAUGAAAACGCCACGUAAUCUUGUAUCUACUCUGUGCCACGUCGCAUAAGGUUUUAAGCGAAUACUACAGAUUGAAUUGUGCCUUCUUGUCAAUUUUUCAAAAAUUACUUCAAUAAAUUGGAAAUUAAAAAAUUAAAGCUGUAAUAUCAGAAAUAAUCACCAACGUUAUUAGUAAAUUUUUUAUUUGAUAAACUAUUAUAAAUAAUCAAUCAUGUUAAGAACUACAAUCAUCUUUUUACUAAUUUCACUACAACAUAGUAAAAGUUGUACAUUAACUGAAACUGAAGUAACAGAAAUAAAACAAUCUUUCAGUAAAGCUGAAGAGUAUAUGCAAAAGGAAGCAUUGAAUGAAGAUGCAGCAAUUGUUAUAGGACCAGGAAGAGUAGGAAAAAGUACAUUAAUUAAUUACUUAAUAGGCAAUAAAUUAAGGGGCGUAAGAUUCUCGCAAUUUGGUGAAUUUAAAAUAAUUAAGGCAGAAAAUGAAUCCAGGGGACCGGAGAUUGGUGCUGGACCAACUUCAAAAACUACAAUUCCCAUAAAAUGGAACUCAACUAAAUUGCGUGGUUUGAGCAUCUUUGAUUGUCCAGGAUUUCAAGAUAAUAGAGGGACAGUACAAGACAUUACUAAUUCUAUUUAUAUCUAUCAGUUGGUAAAGAAAGUUAAAACUUUAAAAUUUAUAUUAGUUUUUAACUUUGCCGACGUAGAACGUGACAAUACUGCAUCACUCUCAAGAUUUUUACUUGAUUUGGAAAAAUUUUUUGGAAAUAAGUUUACUGACUUUUUUCCAAGCAUGUCAAUAAUUUUUUCAAAAACACCGUACAGAUCGUUUGACAACAGAGUUAACAUUAAAAUGAUAAAAUACAAAUUAAAACAAAAAUUAUUCUCAAGCAAUGUAAAAUUGUCCAGUGAUGCAAAAAAAUUCGUAGAUUAUAUAAUAAAUAAUAAUAAUAGUAUUGCAUUAUUCAGGAAAGCAAAAAAUGACAAAAUUUUUAGUUCUGACACGGAUUUUCAGAUGUUUUCGGCUAUUACCAACACGAGCAGUAUAGAGAGAAGAUUUCUUGAUAGUAUUCGUCCAAGUAUUUCAGAUAAUUCUUUGAUUUGUCUGCACAGUUCCAAGAACAAAUUAGUUUCAUUAACCGAAAUUUUUGAAUUAGAGGCUUCUUUAUUGUUUAUAUUUACUAAAAGGUUGUCUAUCUGGUCUAAUGAUACCAUUAAAGGAAAUAAAAAUACAUUAGUAAACAUUCUAUACAACUUAACUAAAAUUGAAUUUUUACUGAAUGAUUCUAUUAUAAAUGGAAGUGAUAUAUACAAAAAUAUUGAAACUAUCAAAAAAAUUGAUAUACAAUUAGAAGAAAAGAUUAAUGAAAGUAAUUUGUUAAAGAAGGUUGAAAUGUAUAACUUUAUUUAUUAUUUAUUACAGUUGAAAGAAAGUAAAAUAUUGUACCAAUCUAUUGAAGAUACAAUGUUGACUUUACAAGCUUUACUUAAAGCAGCUAUUUCUAAUAUUCAAUUGUCAAUAAGAAUGUUAGCAAAAGAUGAACUGGUGAAUAAUAAUAGAGAAAAAGAAGAAACUAGGUGGUAUGACGAUUUACUUAAUGCGGUCAAUAAAAUUUGGGGCCUCUGAUUACUAGUUCAAAUUAAUUAAAAUUAAGUGGAAUAUUUCCGGCAUAUUGGAUCCAACAUUUUGAAUUUAUAGAAAUGGACUUUAGGUUCGUAAUCAGUAUAACCUCGCAAACAUUUCAGUAUCAAGUUUCAAGAGAAUUUGAUUAAUUUCUAAGCAUUUUUGAAAAAUUGUCAGCCAUAUUCGAUACGACAUUUUAGAUUUAAAAAAUCUAACCACUGUUUUGCUAACUACUAUUUUAGUUUUUGAAUCUUCAAGACCACAAAUUCGGAUUCAAUGUUCAAAAAAUAAUAAUUUAAUAAUGUAUGCAUGAUGUACGUCUAUAGACUAUAAAUAAUAUAAACAAUUUAUUUUCAAAAACACUAAACUUUUGGUGAGGGUUAGCAACACUGGUGGUGAUUAAAUUGUAAGUUGGAAUUUUGUAUGUUGUAUUUCUAUCGGUGUUAUUGUCUACUUGUGUCACUUUGAAGAAUAUAUUAGUUUGUAAUCUU